UCCUUUUUACUUUCACAGUAAUAGUGCAGUAUCCAGAAUGCAUGUCCUCUUUGUAGCUAUCCUUGCUGUGCCACUGAUCCUGGGACAAACCUAUGAGGAUGAAGAAGGACUGGAAGAGGAUGAUUAUUAUCAGGUGGUCUAUUAUUACACAAUCACCCCCAAUUAUGAUGACAUUGUUGCAAAUUUCACUGUUGAUUACUCCCUAUUUGAGUCAGAGGACAGGCUGAACAGGUUGGAUACAGAAGUAACGAGAGUAGAAGAGACUACCAUAAGUCGUGAAACAGAACACACAGACCAUCAGAGGCCAACAGUGAAACCAGUGACAAUGGAACCAAUGACAACAGGACCAAUGACAACAGAACCAAUGACAACGGAACCAAUGACAACGGAACCAGUAACAACGAAACCACAGAGUCCAGAUAUGAACCAUGCUGUAUCCAGUCUGCAGAGUCCUGCUUCCCUCCUCCUGCCCUGGGCCCUCCUUCAGGGGUGGAUGUAUUUCAUGUAGAAGGAGAAAGAAGGCUGCUAUGACUCUUCAAAUGGGAAGAUGGGAAGAGGAAAUUGGAUGAUGAAAUAAAUAAAUGAAAUAAUUUGGUUACGCUCUA